AUGGUUCUUGACUACAGCAAAUGGGAUGCCCUCGAGCUGUCCGAUGAUUCGGAUAUCGAGGUUCACCCUAAUGUUGACAAGCGCUCGUUUAUUCGAGCCAAGCAGAACCAAAUCCAUCAGCAACGAGAACAGCGCCGCCAUGACAUUAAGACCCUAAAAUACGAGCGCAUUAUCAACGAUGGCCUCCUCUCGCGCAUCGACAAGCUUCUCUCCGCGCUCAAGCAGCACGAAGGAACCACUACCUCCCCCGAGCAGCCUAUCUUUCAAACGAUCAUGGAGUUUGCCAGCAACCCCGCAGACGAUCAAGCCCCGCCACCACCAGAGGGCGUCUACACGCACGAAAAGGAGCAGCCCAAAUACUCUCAGAUGAUGAGCUCGCUGCUAGAUAUGGUGAAGAAGGAGUUCGAGGAUUCGAAGCCCGACAAUAUGAUCGAUGCAUAUAUCAAAGGCGUCGAGGGUCACCAGACUAAGGUGCAGAAUCUGCAGAAGGAAUUGUUGACGAAGCUUGCGACGCUUGAGAAGGAGGAGGGCAGCAAGAUUACCAGUGAUAAAUUGCACGAUGGCUUCAAUACAUCCCAUGUCGCCAAGGCCACCGAUAAGUCACAAGCUACCUCGUCCAAGUCCACUGAGGUUCAGCUGUUGAACCCUGGUGCGGGCAGCCAGGUUUCCGGUGGCGCGGCCGAGAAUGAUGACGAUGAUGACCCCGCCGACGUUGAGAUUAGUGAACUUGGCAGGAAGUUUGCCCGACUUCGUCCUAAUGACUAUGCUGCCUAUCUGCAGUUCAUCAGCGCACAUCCCCAGAUUGUCGCCGAGAAGGAGACUGAUGGUCUGCUUGUCGAGGCUUUCAACAGCCAGAUGAAGGGCCAAGAAGACUAUGCUCGACAGUGUGUUCAUCAGGCUCUACUGCUGCAGUACUGCCGCUCCCUGGGUCCGGAUGGCAUCAAGCUCUUUUUCAACCGCAUUACAACCAAGGACCACCGCGCAUCAGGCCUGUUCAGCAACGAUGUGAAUGAGACAUACCACCGCAUUAAGAGCCGUGCAGCUGAGUUGAAGAAGGAUGGCUCCGCCUCUAACGACCCAGCGGGUGUUGAGCAAAUCCAGCUGCAUGCCGUUGACCCCAACACAAAGAUCACCAUCAACCUCCCUCAACCGAACAGUCAGGAGCCCAUUGAGAUUGAGGCCCGCAAGAUCUUUGAUGCCUUCUCCCCGGAGCUUCAAAAGGCACUAGAAUCGGAAUCUUUGGACGAGGUGAACAAGGUCCUUGGCAAGAUGUCCGUGGAAGAGGCUGAAGUGGUUGUGGAGCAGUUGGGUGAGAGUGGUAUGCUCAGUAUGGAAGAAGGCAUUAUCGAUGGUACCACUGAAGAGGGCAAGAAGAAGCUGGCGGAGCUCGAGGCCGAGGGUAAGCGGGAAGAGGUCGGAGAGCCUGCUGGUGACAUUACAGAACUGGAUUGA